AAUAGCCUCUCUAUUGCCUCCCGCCCCGCCUUUUCGCUUGAUUCCUACGAAGGAGUGAUUCUUGGCGUGUUCGGGCACCAAAUACUUAGCUAUCCGCGGAACAGAAUUUGUAAAGGAAAAGGUGCAUACAAAUUCUGCCUUCAUCUGCUCGAGCUUUAACUAUUCCGCCGGUCGUCCGAAGCUAUUCGGACUUCGAACUAAUAAAGGCGCUGGACUUGUCCGGAGGGAGAUGCUUAAAAGUCACUUAAAAGCAGGGCUUAACUUUGGGGAUGAAGACUGGCGAAUUGCUUGAUUGCAAAAAAAAUGUUGAGUCCGGUUUCUUUUCUGGAGGGGACAACACCCUCCCCCCACACCCAAGCAAAGCGACAGGAAAGAAAAACAAGCGGGCCGGACCCAAAGGUCUCUGCUGGCAUUGGACUAAUCUUCGAGACAGAAGGGACGCGGGAAGAAGGAACCGCCCGUCUUUUUUCGGGAGGGAGGACCGGAGGACAGAAGGAGGAGGAUUGUCUCCGGCGCCCAGUUCAUCUGGAUUUCUGUAUAGGGUACUCAGAAUGACCAAAUCAUACCGUGAGCACCCACUGAUGGGAAAGCCUCAGUCCCAAGGUAACCCCAGUUGGACUGACGAUUGCCUCAGCUCUCAGGACGACGAACAUGAGAUGGACAAGAAAGAGGAGGACCUGGAAACUUUACAGGCAGAGGCUGAUGUCGAAUCUCUGAGAAACGGGGAGGAAGAGGAGGAAGAAGAGGAGGAUGAGCUAGAGGACGAGGAGGCAGAUGAAGACGAGGAGGAGGUAGAGGAGGAGGAAGAAGGCGAGGAGGACGACCCAAAGCCCAAGAGACGGGGUCCCAAGAAGAAGAAGAUGACGAAAGCGCGGAUGGAGAGAUUCAAGCUGCGGCGAAUGAAGGCCAACGCCCGCGAGCGGAAUCGCAUGCACGGUCUCAACGCCGCGCUGGACAACCUGCGGAAAGUGGUGCCCUGCUACUCCAAAACGCAGAAGCUGUCCAAGAUCGAGACGCUGCGCCUGGCCAAAAACUAUAUUGGGGCCCUCUCCGAGAUCUUGCGUUCGGGCAAGAGCCCCGACUUGGUCUCCUUCGUGCAGAGUCUCUGUAAAGGCUUAUCUCAGCCCACGACCAACCUGGUGGCCGGCUGCCUCCAGCUCAAUCCGCGGACCUUCCUGCCUGAGCAGAAUCCGGAGCUGCUGCCUCACGUCCAGCCCACCAGCGCUUCCUUCCCGGGCCAUCCCUACCCCUACCAGUCGCCCGGCCUUCCGAGUCCUCCCUACGGCACCAUGGACAGCUCCCAUCUCUUCCAUCUCAAGGCGGCGCCCGCCUACGGGGCGGCGCUGGAGCCCUUCUUCGAGAGCGCCCUGGCCGAAGGCGAGAGCCCUGCUUUCGACGGGCCCCUCAGUCCGCCGCUCAGCGUCAACGGGAAUUUCUCCUUCAAGCACGAACCGUCCAACGAGUUCGAGAAGAACUACGCCUUCACCAUGCACUACCCGACCGCCGGCCUGGCCGGAGCUCCCGGCCACGGCUCCAUCUUCGCCUGCUCGGCCUCGCGCUGCGACCUCCCUCUCGACAGCCUCCUGCCCUACGAGAGCCAAGUCCAUCACGAGCGGGUCAUGAGCGCCCAGCUCAACGCGAUCUUUCAGGACUGAGCCCUUCCAGCCGCUAAGGCGGAACCAGGAUGCUCGCGGCGGCCACGGACUCCGGUCUCUACUCGUUUGCAAGCAAGGGCGCAAAGGCGGAGGGAGUGGAGAAAAAGGAAUAACGCUUCCAGGCUUCAGAGUCCCCCUGAUGCGUACUCUACAGUAGUUAUCGCCUUCAGGAGCAACGGAGAGGCGGACAUUCGCCUGGGCCCGCCAGUCAUCUCGCCCUUUCCUCCCUCCCGCCACUCCGAAUCUUGAGAUGGUGUUGAUUAGAUAAAGUUCGGCUUCUCCUUGAUUUGAUCGGCACCACAAACCACAAGCAAUAAUUAGGAUCUAUGCAAUGUUUUUUUUUUUUUAAAAAAAAAAACCUAAACCGGUCAGUUACAAAAAGAAAGAAAUGAAAGAAAUUAAAAGUAUAUAUAAAAUUUAUAUUUUUCAAUCAACAUUUUUCCUACUUGUUACCUUUCCCGUGUUGGCUUACUUUGUUGUGAUUUUUGUACAGAAUUUUUAAUAACUUUUGAUAAACUAUUUUGAAUCAGGCAGCUCCAUCAAUUUUUAUACCUAUCAGAAACAAAGUAGAAUAAUAUCUAAUUUAUAUAGAAUAAUUUAAGUAAUUUAAACCAGCAGAAAAAUACUUCGAAGAACAAGGGAGAAAAAAGCUGUUUGUUGCCUUAGCAUCUCCCCCAUUCAAUUUCUUUCUAAAUCUUCACACAGACACAGGCACAGACAUACACACAGAGACAGACACAGAUACACACACACACACACACACACACACACACACACACACACACACACACGGCAUAGACACUCCUACAAAACUUUUCUUUUAUGGGGGGUAAGAAAACCUCUAUAUAAUUUUCAUUUAUAAAGAUACUUGAAAGGAUGAAAGAAGGAAAAAUAUUUAUUUCCUAUUAACUAUAUUGACAUAUUAUUCCAAGAGUUCUGUAAAAUUGUGUGUGUGUGUGUGUGUGCAUGCGAACAUACACCCUUGUUCUCAUGAGCAACUAUCCUGCACUUAUCCACAGAAAACAGCUGCUUUAGAAUCACAUUCAACUUGCAAUGUUUUUUAAAGCUCUUUGGAGUCCACCCUAAUUUCUUUCAGAUUUUGAAGAAACUGCAGAUAAAGAAACAUUGUUUCCAUGCAACGUUAAAUGCAUGAUUUUUAAAAUACAUAGUUAUAUAAUUUUUUUAUUUCUGUCCAGGAGGAAAAAAGUAAAAAGAUUUAUGAUCGUUGGGUUAUAUUAUAUGCCAAUUGUAGUUAGCAGUUUUCAAACUAGUGCAAACCAUUUGACUUUGUAAUUAGAACAUGAUAGUUAUGCAUGCACAAUGCAACCCAGAGUAAGUGCUGUCUGAAAUGUAAUGCUGGUUCAUCUGAAAUCAAUCUGUACUGUAAUUUUGUUUGUAAUCCUGUAUGUGACAGCGUAAUGCACAUUUGGAAUGUUAAAAAACAAAACAAAACACAAGCUGGGUGAUGAAGUAGUGAAGAGCCAUUGGUCAAAUGUUGCAUUUCUCCCCAAGUCCCUUGCUCCAUUCCUUCCCCUUCCCACAAUUCCUAUGGGAUUAUUGUAAUAGUUAUUAAAAGAUGCAACUAUUUGUACAAUAAAAUGAGGUUUGAAAAAA